AUGGCAAACUGGAAUUUGGGAAAGCUAACUCUUUUUCUGGACCAAAAUACAAUUGAUUCUAUUACUAGUAUCCCUAUCCCUGUUUCUAAUUUUAAAGACAAGUUUGUCUGGGGUUCUGCAGCUGAUGGAAAGCUCACCAUCAAAUCUCCCUCUGGAGAUUGGAUCAAAGGGUUUCAAGUAAACCUGGGCAUUGGUGAGGUUUUGGAUGAAGAAACAUGGGGUUUGUAUUAUGGCCUUAGGCAAGCUCUUGCUUGUCAUAUUACUAAGAUCGAGGUUGAGUCGGAUUCUGCAAUUUUGGUGAAACUUAUUCUUGAUAGUGAUGUUUCUAUCCAUCCUCUUGGCUCUCUGAUUGAUUGCUGCAAUGCUUUGAUCAAGAAGUUUCAUUCUUUCUCCCUAAAGCACAUCUAUCGUGAAUGCAAUAUGGUGGCAGAUUGUCUUGCAAAGAAUAGCAUUGAUCAUGCUUAUGGAGUCAUCGAAUUUGAUGCUCCUCCUAUUCAUGCUGCUAAUGUUUUUCUUGAAGAUUUUGAUGGAGCUACUAGAGUUAGAAGAUUUGGUGUCGGACAUUCUAGUGGUCAUGCUUAG